CAGUGGAUAACAUUAUUGCCAACAUCAGGAACAAAGACAAGCUUGUCUUGGUUUUGCCUCAUCUUGAUCUCGCUAGUCGACGAGCUUCUUCGAUCGAUUGGGUCGGGCUUAUGACGUGAACGUGAUCUCCUUUCGAGCCUAAUGUGAUCGGACAGAUUUAGAAAGGUCUCUUGCCCAAUUGGUUUACAUUUGCCAACUGUUCUGGUCAGCCUUUUGGAUUUCUAGAUUUGGCAUUGUUGAGGAGGAGUUGGAAUGGCCGCUUUCGCAGCUUGUAAGCUGCUGGUGGGGCGAUUCAGGGGCAUUUCCCAUACUGGUUUCUCGAGAUUGGGCUCAUUUGGCUCAUCGCCCGGAUCGGGGGUUCGAUAUUACUCGGGUCCGGCUCUGCGAUGUAGACAGUUUUCUCAACUCGUUAACGGAAAGCGGUUGCUUCUGGUGGACACAUUGGCCUUAGUUCGGAGGCUGGAGGAAGAAGGCAUACCAACCAAACAAGCCGAGGUGAUAACGUUAGUGAUAACCGGCGUGUCGCAUGAGAGCAUGCAAAACGUGUCUUGCUACUUCGUUUCGAGAGAGGAGAUGCAGAAGGUUGAAAUGGCUCAAGAAUCCAACAUGUCCAAAUUCAAGUCUGAGGUCCAGAGUUCACAGGGCCACCACUUUUCCUUGCUGCAACACGAGACCGAGAAACUACGCAGCGAUAUGGACAAAUUGCGGAGCGAGUUGAGGUACGAAAUCGAUAAAAUCACAGCCGGGCAGCGGCUGGAUUUGAAUCACGAAAGGGGGCUGAUAAGGGAGGAUCUAGCGAGUCAAAACGCCGAAACUACGAACCUCACUAGCAAGCUCGAUCGGGAAAUUCAUGCCCUGAGGGCACAGUUGGAAGCUGCGAAGUACGAUCUGAUCAAAUACUGCAUUGGCACUCUCGUGUCUAUCUCUGCUGUUGGUCUCGCCACCAUCCGGAUCUUGAUGUAGGAAUUCAUUUGAAUGCUGGAUGAGAAAGUACGGCUUUGUGCUCUUCUUUAGCUGCAACUUCAAACUUGUCGUUCUACAAGAAAAGCAAGAAGCUAUCCAAGUCUCUCCUGUAUAUUUAGUGGCCCUAUGAUACGAUUACAUGUAUUAUUGGUGGCGUGAAUUUUGUCAUUUGUGUAGAACUGAAAUAUACAUUUUACUGCAGAUUAUGCGUUAAACCGUA